GCGGAGAUGGCGCCUGAGCUUUCCCUUUCCGAUCAAAGGCUAAGCUAGUGGACACUUUGCAGAGUUACAGGCUCCACUGGGCGAGAGGAGGACGACGACGACGACGACGAGGGUGGCGAGCAUGCCAGUGUGCGUUGUAACCACACCCCAAAGGGGGAAAGUCUUCGAGUGGGGGAGGAGAGAUGGUGACAGGUGCUGUGGAAGCUGCUCUUGGCACCGAAGGAGGACGGACUCCUGAGAGCGGGAGCAACAGCAGCCGCAGCCGCUGACUCCAGGGUGGGCAGCCAGCUGCACGGCCAGGGAGGCCGGAACCGGCAGCAGCAGGCGCCUGUGGUGACCCUCUCCCGCUUUGCCCCGUCCAGUCCCAGUGGCGCGCGCAAUGGGCUCCCCUCAGGCUUCGCUGCUCGCGCACCUCUUCAAAGGGACCUUUGCGCACUCCACCUGCUCCUCGCCUAUGGACAUUCUUCAAGGCCACCUGUUGGGGGUCGAGGAGAGCGGGAAGAUUGCAUUUUUGGAACCAGUUGAUGAACAGGAGAAACUGGCAAAGAAGUGGGGAUUCAAAGCAUCUGACAUUCGCGAGCUCAGUAAUAACGAAUUCUUCAUGCCAGGUUUGGUUGAUGCACACAUCCAUGCUCCGCAGUAUUCUUUUGCAGGAACCCGAGUAGAUCUGCCUCUUUUGCAGUGGUUAAAGACAUAUACUUUCCCAGCAGAGGCCAGAUUCAAAGAUAUUGAUUUUGCUGAAGAGGUAUACACUAGAGCUGUGAGGCGAACACUUAAGAAUGGCACCACUACAGCCUGCUACUUUGCAACAAUUCACACAGAUGCUUCUUUGCUUCUUGCUGAUAUUAUAGAUAAAUUUGGGCAGAGGGCAUUUGUAGGUAAAGUUUGCAUGGAUAUCAGUGAGAGUUUUCCAGAAUACAAGGAGACCACCACUGAAUCUCUCAAGGAGACUGAAAGGUUUGUUAGAGGAAUACUGGAGAAGAAAUAUCCAAGAGUACAUCCCAUAGUAACACCCCGCUUUGGACCAUCCUGCACAGAGGAAUUGCUUAGUAGCCUUGGUAACCUGGCAAAGGUUCAUGACAUUCAUGUGCAGAGUCACAUAAGUGAGAGUGAAGGGGAAAUCAAACUUGUAGAAAAAAUGUUUCCUACUUAUCAAAACUAUACAGAGUUAUAUGAUAAAAAUAACCUUCUUACAAACAAGACCAUAAUGGCUCAUGGCUGCUAUCUUUCUGAUGAAGAGCUGAAAGUUUUUAAUCUUAAAGGAGCUGCCAUUGCACAUUGCCCUAAUUCAAACAUAUCAUUGUCUAGUGGCCUUUUAAACGUAAAAAAGAUUCAGAAGCACAAUGUGAAGCUUGGCCUCGGCACAGAUGUUGCUGGUGGCUAUUCAGCUUCUAUGCUAGAUGCUAUCAGAAAAGCAAUUAUGGUAUCUAAGGUCCUUCACAAUAAUAAAGAGAAUGAAACUGCCUUAUCUCUGAAGGAAGUUUUCCGACUAGCAACUCUUGGAGGGAGCCAAGCCCUAAGACUAGAUACUGUGAUUGGAAACUUUGAGGUUGGCAAAGAAUUCGAUGCACUGCUUAUCAACACCAAAGCUUCAGACAGUCCUUUUGAUUUGUUUGCUUCUGAUACCUUUGAGGAUAUUAUUCAGAAAUUCCUGUAUCUGGGUGAUGACAGGAAUAUUGAAGAAGUUUAUGUGGCUGGCAAACUGGUGGUGCCAUUUUCAAGCUCUGUAUAAAAAUAGAUCCCCCUGCUGCAAAAUGCUGUGCUGGUAACUCUGUAGCUUGGAAGAAGUGGGUGAAAAUGCGGUGCCUUGUUGUGAUGCCGUGCUCACUCUGUCUAGUAUGUUUCUUAUUUGCACAAAAGAAACCAAGUACUCAUCAGAUACAAAAAAAUAUGAUGCUAACAAUGUAUACCACUUGUAUAAGAGACAAAGGUCUAAAGUAAAAGCAAACUUGACUAUGGAAUGAACUCUGACAUAAAGAAGAAUCUAUAGAUGCAGUCAUAGCAGGCAUUUCCCUUGAGGUAAAUUAGAGUACUAAUUCUAAAUAUCCCAUGAAAUUUUAGGAAAAUUAUUCAUAAUUAUACUGAGAGUUUUAGGCACUGACUGAAAGCCAAAGCACUUUGGUACUGGUUUGUGUGAGUGUGAGAGUAUUGGUGAUCCCCCCCCCGGCUCCCAAAAUAAAAUCUGAAUCCUCAUGGACAUGCUACUGCAGAGGGCUCCCCAACAUUCAAGUGUCACACUUCAGGGGCACAAUGUGCUGCGCAUUGGAGGGGUGUGGAAAAGUUCUGGUAUGCAAGCUUAACACUGGACCUUUUGGAUGCUGGUCACUGUUUAUAAAUAUUUUUUGAGCAAAGAAAAAUAAAAUUCUUAAACCAAACCUAAACCCAUUGGUUUCACCCCAAUGACAAUAAACGUUACUCAGGAAUUAUUUGGGAGGUAGAAAAUUGAGCACAGAUAAAGUUUUAUCCCAAUUUGUUUUACCAUCUGUUGUAGUUUUUUUUGCUGUUGUUGCAUUUUUCAUUCUUCCCCUAAAAGCACUUUUACUGAAGGCUCCAAGGCCUGCAGAAAAAUCAUAUUCUGCUGAUUAUUUCCUUCUAGGAAAUUAUUAGAUACUUGUGAAUGUAAGCAUUGUCUUAGACAUUUGCACCAGAGCAGAUGGGCACACAUACAUACACACACACAGCCUCAAUUUCCAGAUUGUUUCAGACAUCACUACAUGCCUAAUUCUAGGUUAACACCAAAGCUGGCCUUAACAUUAGACAGGAUAAGGCAGCUGGCCUGCAGUAACAACCUUUGCUGUAAUACAAAAAGACAGCAAACGGUCAAUUGUUUAGUUUAUUUAGUAUGGUUUUACCCCAUGGAUCUUAUGCCUCAGGAACCAAAAUGUCCUGGGAUGCUUCUGUAAUAAAUGGUGUGAAUACACACUCAUAGACUGGGACAGGUUUAACAGGCUCUUGCUAGAGAAGCUAUUGUGAAUAACUAUACAGUUGCUUCAGCAAUAGUACCCUCAGGUUGGUUACUUAAAAAAGGAAACAAAAGAAUGUCACUUAUUAACUGAGAGGUCAUUGCAUUAAAUGCAACAGAAGAUUUAUGUAAUUUCAAGUUGAUAAUGGGGACAUUGAACUUGUCAGGGAUUAUCAAUACCUUGGCACAGUCAUUAACCAAAAGGGAGACAAUAGUCAAGAAAUCAGAAGGCUAGAACUGGGGAGGGCAGCUAUGAGAGAAUUAGAAAAGGUCCUCAAAUGCAAAGAUAUAUCACUGAACACCAAAGUCAGGAUCAUUCAGACCAUGGUAUUCCUGAUCUCUAUGUAUGGAUGUGAAAGUUGGACAGUGAAAAAAGUGGAUAAGAGCAAAAUCAACUCAGUUGAAAUGUGGUGUUGGAGGAGAGCUUAGCAGAUACCAUGAACCCUGAAAAAGACAAAUAAUUGGGUGUUAGAACAAAUUAAACCAGAACUGUCACUAGAAGCUAAAAUGAUGAAACUGAGGUGAUCAUACUUUGGACACACAAUGAGAAGACAUGAUUCACUAGAAAAGACAAUAAUGCGGGAAAAACAGAAGGGAGUAGAAAAAGAGGAAGACCAAACAAGAGAUGGAUUGAUUCCACAAAGGAAGCCACAGACCUGAACUUAUAAGAUCUGAACAGGGUGGUUCACAACAGAUGCUACUGGAUGUUGCUGAUUCAUAGGGUUGCCAUAAUUCGUAACCACCUGAAGGCACAUAAUACACUCACACACUGCAUUAUAAAACUGCAUUACAAAUAACCUGAAUAAGGUUUUAAGGGCCAAAUUAGAUGUUGUACCACCCUCUUUAACUCUUUUGACACCUUUCAUUUCCUGAGUCCAAAUCACACACCUCAGUGCUUUUUCUUCUAAGGAGGUUUAAAUGCAUUUAAACCCACACAGUGUUCAUGUGUGUGUGUGUGUGUGUGUGAGAGAGAGAGAGAUUUGGAGCUUUCAAAGAACAGGUGCAAAGGGAGUUAACCCUGUGGCUUCUCUGAUUCUGAUCACCUCUCUAGAAGCAGCUUUUUCAUUUUCAAGGGUGUUGGGGAAAUGUUAUAUCUAAUGCUGUAUGAACAAUAUUUUAGGUAAUAGUUAAGCUAUGAAUUAAUUGAUUCAAGUUGUACUUGACAAUCUAGCUCUUUGUGAAGAGAGGAUCAAAUUUCAUUUGAUAGCAAGAGAAGGAGAUUCACCUCAUCCAUGUAGAACUGUGAGCACAUAGUUUGGGGGCCAAUGUAUUUAUUAUAGUAUUAGAAGUACAAACCUCCAUUAACAGCAUAUUUUAUGCUGUUUGUUCAACAACCAAUGUGGACAACAUAUUCUUAAAGUGAGAGUGUUUAGAUAUAAGAUAUUUUGUGAUAGACUUUGCAGUUGUGAUCUGCACAAAGGUUUUAAAGCAGUACUACUUGCAAACCUUAAACACUUUACAGCAAAAGUAAAGUACCUAUCCAAAUGCAAUAGAAAGAAGCAUGAUCUUUUACCAGAGUCGCACACACUGAUCAAAACAAGAACUGUUCUGUCUUUCAGUCAGAUGGUGGCUGGAUGUCAAUCGCCUGGCUUAUGGAAAUAAAUUGUGUGAGGAAUCUUUUCUUUCUCAUGGAUAGGUGCUCCCUAGAAUUUUAAAAUUCAUAAUCUUUGGGAAUGAGUGUAUGAUCAGGUGAAAUGAAUCAGGAAUUAUAGGAGCUCAUUUAGGAGGGAACGGUCUCCCUUUCUCAGUUUUGGAGGGAGAAGUGUCUCUUGCUGCCUUCUCCUUCAUUUGUAUCUCUUCUUACUAACCUAGAGAGUACAGUUAAUUGAAAAGGUAAUUGCUGGCAUGGCAUAGUGGAGCAGGACACCAGCAAUGAGAUGAAAGCUCCUAAUUCAAAGGUCAUCUCAGCCACUGGGUGGUUUUAGGCAAGAAUCUGUCUCUUAGCCUUAAUCCCCUCUCUGUAAUAUGGGGAUAAUGAUCUAGCUGUUUUAUUGUGAUAAUGUAUGUGAAGUACUUGGAAAAGGACUGUAUAAAUGCUAAUGAUUUAUUGUGCUGCACCCACAGGCUGGCAUGUGCAAACAUACCAGGCUUGGAUAGGACACCUUUGGAAGGAUGUGUGUCUUCUGUUGAUUUUUACCAGGUUUUCACAGUUUUUGUAGAACAUUUUUAGGAUUAAUACUUUUGUGCAAUGUUGACUCUAAGAGAUUCUCAGUAAAAAAAUAUGAUGUCCUCAGUAUUGUUCAUCGAUGCAUAGGCAAAGCAGAAACCCCUGUCAUAUGUAGACACACAAAAAAGCUUCGGCUGAACCCAAGGUGUAACAAAGGGAGUUGCCCUGACUUAGCCAAGACUGCCCCACUGCAUCACAAAUGGGGAACAAAACCUUAGGAAAAGUAUUUUUGGAGAAGUCUCCCAUUCUUCAGCACUUUCCUUUUAUGAAAGUUUGAUACUAAAAUGUCUCUCCUUCCCCUCCACCCCCAUAUGGUCUGUGUGUCAGCAUGCAGUUUAGACAAAGAAAAAGAAAGUAGAUUAUGGAAAUAAUAUAACUUAUUAUGGGGGAAAUUUAAAUGUGCACUUUGUGGGAAACACUUUUUAUUACAAAUGGAGUUGAUUUAAAUGUAGAAAUCUGUCUUUAUCUUACUGUGCCAUUCGUUAACCUUCUGUUUGAAGACUUUAAUGAAACUGAAUAUAGCCUGUGCUUUGUGCAGUUAUUUGAAUGAUUCCCAUGUGACAAGAAGAGUUCUGCACUUUAUAAUGUUGCCUUGGCGUAGUGUCCAUGUUCUGUAAUAUUUGCAAGCAGAUGCUUAAUGAACCCAGGAGAAAGACUGCACUUUAUUUUCUUAUAUUGAAUGCUGUUCCCAAUGCACUGUGCCUGUACAUUUUUGCAGUAACAGAGAAGAAAGCAAAAAUUUAAGUGCUCCACCUUGUCAGUUUAUACCAAAAAUGUAGGGGUCCUGCUUGUAAAAAAUAAUCAGAACCCUCAAUAGAAAUAAAAGGGGUUGGUGUGAUGACCUAAACUCAUCAUCAUUGUACUUUCUGAAUGAAGACCACAAUGUCCAGAUAUGCACCAAGAGCUCAGCAUAUGCAACACGGAGAAUUGGGAGGCUAUGGCUAUUUUCACACUAGCGCUGACAUGACUGGAAUAAGAGUACGUUCUUUCUCUUUUCUUUUCUCUGGUUUCCACUAGGGCGGAAGAUCACUUAACCAGUAUUAAACCAGCUUGCCCAAUUUUUUCCUAUCACUAGAGUAUUUUGCCUAGCCUUGAGACUAAUGAAAGAAAACAAGACAAACACAAGAUUACUUUAAGUCUGUAUGUAUUUAAAUGAAAUCCUAUAUCAACACAUCAGUUUUAUUCCCACCACUCAAAGAUUUGGCCAGCCAUUGGGAAGUUAACAUUGCUGGCUACGAUAUAGACUACCAGUUUAGAUGGUAUAGAUUAGAAUAUGGGGAGAGGAGCACUUAGCCCAUCUCAUCAACAUGCAAGAGCAAUCAUGGAACAGUGCUGGUGUGAACAGUGCUCUAACCGCAUUUUGCAGAAGUGUAAAGCUGUUUUUUGAAGGACACAUCUUGAAAUAUUCUUGCCAGAUCUUUACUUUCUUUCGAUUCCAUUGUUUUGGAGUGGGAAAAGCAUCUGGAAUAGUUGUUGUUAUUCUGUGUUCUGGCUGCUUUAUUGUCAGUUAUGCUAAAAAGAGCUGAUGUAACAAAUAAAGAGGCCAUGUUUACAUGACUUAG